AUGGCGACGGACGGCAACGACUUUGAGGACGAGCGCCGGCGCCGCAUCACGCGCAACAGGCAGAUGCUGUCCCACCUGGGCGUGACCAAGAUGGCCGGCGAGCUGGUCCAGGCGGGUCGGCAGGAGAUCGACCGCAAGCGCCGGAGGCUAGUGGAGCCGGUGGGAAGUUGCGGCCCGGCGCGGCGAUCCACGCGUCACCUGGCGCAGGUGACCCGGGAGAAGAUCAAGAAAAUGGCCGACCGGGCUUCUGAUUCUGGGGAUGGGGAAUCGGCAUCAGGGUCCAGCGGGGAGUCGGGGGGCAGUGGGAGUGAAUCUGACGAAGGUGACGAGGAGGAGUACGACCCGCUGGAGGGGGAGGGGGGGUCAGAAUCGGAUGUGGGAUACAGGGGGGGACUGCGGCGGGGAAGGUCGAGAGGGAGAGUUGCAGGGGAGGAUUCUGCGGAAGAUGAUGGAUUUUGGACGGACGAGGAGCGUGAUUUGGAGGUUGCGAUAAGGAGGUCGAUCGAAGAUGCGCGGAGGGAGACCGGCGCGCCCACCGGGGUCGGCGGGGGUGAUCGGGAGGUUCGAAUGGAUUGUGAUGAUGGUGGCUGGAGGCGCACCCGCAGGGAGAGAAAGUUGCCACAGGAGGGGGGACUGGAUGGGGAGGGAAGGCAGGGCGCCCCUGGGGGUCCUGUUGGUCCCUCCACCUGCGGGGAGGAAGGAAUUGCGGGGAAUGACGCUGAGGGUGGGAAGUCGAAUGGUGGGAGGGAAAGAAAACGGGGCAAAAAGAUGAAGGAAGAUGGGGGUGACGGGGGGGAAGGGGCCCCUCGAGCCCAACAAGGCCGGGGGGGAAAGGCGGGGGGAAAGAGGCAAGGUGGCAGGAAGACGGGGGGUGGAAGGGGGCUGAGGGCCGCCCUGCAAGAAUGGCCAGAGCCGACGGCACCAGCAGUUGCAGAGGCAUUUGGGAUGUUUGACAAGCGCGGGUCGGGGCUUCUCACUAGGGAGGCGCUGGUGACUGUGGCUUCAGACUUGGGCAUGCACCUGGGGGAGGAUGCGGUGGAGGGAAUGAUGGAUUUGGCAAAGGGGGUGGCUGGGAGCGGGGGUGCGGGCCUGACGCUGUCAGACUUCCAGGUGCUGGUGGCCCACUUGGGCAGGAAACAGAAGGGGGCCAAGUGA